AUGCUAAAUGCUUGCUAUUUAAAAGCAAUUGAAACAUGCCCAGGAUUUGCUGUGGCUUGGAGUAAUUUAGGAUGUGUUUUUAAUGCCCAAGGCGAAAUUUGGUUGGCAAUACAUCACUUUGAAAAAGCUGUCACCUUGGACCCUAACUUUCUUGAUGCCUAUAUCAAUUUGGGAAAUGUCCUUAAAGAAGCAAGAAUAUUUGACAGAGCGGUAGCGGCUUAUUUGCGAGCUUUAAGUUUAUCACCAAAUAAUGCGGUUGUUCAUGGAAAUUUAGCAUGCGUCUAUUAUGAGCAAGGGCUGAUUGAUUUGGCUAUUGACACCUAUAGGCGUGCGAUAGAGCUGCAGCCUAACUUCCCAGAUGCUUAUUGCAAUUUAGCCAAUGCACUUAAAGAAAAGGGACAGGUAAUUUUUGUCAAUAUGAAAUAUCAUAAAUAUUCCAUUAACACACUGGUCAACAAAAUUUUGAGGCUUAGGUUUUAAGACCUGAUUCCUAGU